UAUCUGUACAGUGACGAACCAGGAAGCGGUGGAAACAAGCUCAGCCUGCUCGGACUGGAGGACAAGCGACGUGUAAUAUUUGGUUGAAAAUGGCUGAUAGGAAAGCCAAUAACAUCCCUAGUAGCAGCGCAAACCUGCUGUUUUCAGCAGCCCCGGAGUUCAACUUCAGCCUCCCCUUCAUUCCUGUCAGCCAGGCCACUGGACCUGCGGUUUUAUCUGGAGAUGAUGUCAGUGAAGUUGGAGAAGAAGACAGUUUUCUUGGACAGACGUCAUCAACAGUUCCCCAACCCUCCACGUUCAGUUAUUUCUCAAGUACCACCACCAGCAGCAGUGACCCGUUUGCCUCUAUAGGACAGCAGCUAUGCCCGCCUCCAGCACCCACUGUCGUUCCAUCAACAACAGGGCCAUCGCCUGCGUCAAUUGCUGCUAGUCUGCCUCUAACUCCACCAAUAUCUCACAUGAACCCUGUUCAGCAGUAUGGCAGUGUUGUUAAUCAAAGCCCUAUGGGUACCUAUACUCCCCCUCCUAAUGCCCCAUCUCCACCUCCUCAGAGCUCCCAGCAGUCAUAUAAUCCAUACCGUCACACAGCUGCCAGUAGCAAAGCAAAUCCCUACCUCAUGGCUCCUGAAUUACAGCAACAGCCACCAAGCCAGAUGUCCCAGCAUCUAAACACCUAUUCUCAAGCUACACCUGCUCCUUUAUUCCAGGCCCCACCUACGGCAUUCAUGAAGCCUCCACCAACACAGGUUCCACCACCUCCUCCAGCAACCAGCAUGGCUGGGCCAUUGGUCCCUGCCAACUCUAUGAUGCCAUACACAUAUAAUGUUUAUGAAGCCAUUCAGCCUCACUGGUUCUACUGCAAACAAGUGGAGUCAAAGAUGGUCUGGCUUCCCUUUAGUGUUCUGGAUUCCAUGUAUCUGGAAGAGACUUUCAACUCUGUUCAGCCCGAUCCAGAGAAUGUGAUUGUAUGUACGGAUGGAGGGCGCUAUGAUGUUCAGCUGUAUGAUCGUGCACGGACCGCCGUGUACUGGGAGGAAGAGCCCACUGAGGUCCGUCGCUGUACCUGGUUCUACAAAGGAGACACAGACAGUCGCUUUGUUCCCUACUCUGAAGACUUCAGUGAAAAGUUGGAGGCAGAAUAUAAGAAAGCUGUUACUAAUAAUCAGUGGCAUCGCAGACUGGAAUUUCCAUCUGGGGAAACCAUUGUAAUGCACAAUCCAAAGGUGAUUGUGCAGUUUCAGCCAUCUGCUAUGCCUGAUGAGUGGGGCACGACACAGGACGGUCAGACUCGACCAAGAGUAGUUAAGAGGGGUGUGGACGAUGAUCAUGAUGAAGUUCCUGAUGGUGAGAUGGCACAGGUGGACCAUCUGGUGUUUAUGGUGCAUGGCAUUGGCCCAGUCUGUGACCUGAGAUUUAGGAGUAUUGUGGAGUGUGUGGAUGACUUCCGCAGUGUGUCCUUGAAGUUGCUGCAGAGUCAUUUUAAGAGGGCCCGGAAUGAACAAGUUAUUAGCCGGGUGGAAUUUCUCCCUGUUCACUGGCACACAGCUCUGCAUGGUGAUGCUACAGGGGUUGACAGGCGGAUAAAGAAGAUUACCCUGCCCAGCACAGGUCGUCUGCGUCACUUCACUAAUGAAACCCUCUUAGAUGUGCUUUUCUACAACAGUCCUACAUACUGUCAGACCAUUAUGGACACAGUGGCUUUUGAGAUCAACCGUUUGCAUGCACUGUUCUUGCAGAGAAACCCAGACUUCAAAGGGAGAGUGUCUGUGGCUGGACACAGCUUGGGCUCAUUGAUACUGUUUGAUCUGCUGUCCAAUCAGAAGAUCGGGUCACCUUUAUCAGGUCCAGUAACCAAUGGCAAUCCUCAGCCUAAUGUGAAACAGGCCAAUGAAGUUCCUACCAUAGCGGCUGUUGAGGAGGAGUCUAAAGAGGAAGAAGAGGAGAUUGGCGACCUGCCAUCUGUUCUGGAUAUGUUGGGAUUGUCUGAAUACCUGAGCAUCUUUGAAAAUGAAAAGAUUGAUGUGGAGUCUCUGCUUAUGUGCACAGUCGAUGAUCUGAAGGAAAUGGGUAUUCCUCUGGGCCCACGUAAAAAACUUGCCAAGUUUGUAAAAGAGAAGUCAGCAAAACAGGCAGCAAGACAGUCUGUGACAGAGAAGACCGUCGCAAAAGAGGAACAAAAAGAAACCCCACGUCCCCUUCAAACAGAGCCCACACCAGAUCCUGCCAACUGCAAACUGCCAGUGGGAAGGACCAUGUCCUCAAUCCAUGUGGAUUACAACCAUUUUGAAAUAGGCACAGGACAGGUGUCAGUGGUGUAUCAUGCUCUGGACUUUGAGCCGGUGAAUUUCUUUGCACUCGGAUCUCCCAUUGGAAUGUUUCUGACUGUACGUGGAGUGGAGAAAAUUGAAGAGUCUUACCAGCUUCCCACCUGCGAAGGAUUCUUCAAUAUCUAUCAUCCACUGGAUCCAGUUGCAUACAGAAUCGAGCCCAUGAUCUUACCAGACAUCGAACUGGACCCUAUUUUGAUCCCUCACCAUAAAGGAAGGAAAAGACUUCAUCUCGAACUGAAAGAGAGUUUGUCCAGGAUGGGCUCUGACAUAAAGCAAGGCUUUAUCAGCUCUCUGAAGAGUGCUUGGCAGACUCUGAAUGACUUUGCUCGUGCUCACACCUCUUCCACUCAACUGCACGAACAGCUCGCCAUGGUAGCCAGUCAGAUCAAGGCAGAGGUGGAAAAGGAGGAAGGAGAAGAGGUGAGUAAGAUGGUUGAGAGUCCUGAACCUCAGAAGGAGGAGACUCAAGUUAAAGUAGGUCUGCUGAAUGGAGGAAACCGCAUUGACUACGUCCUGCAAGAGAAACCUAUCGAGAGCUUCAAUGAAUACCUGUUUGCACUCCAGAGUCAUCUGUGUUACUGGGAAUCUGAGGACACAGUUCUACUUAUUCUCAAAGAAAUUUACAAGACCAUGAACAUAUGCCCGGAUCAGCCAGUGCAUUGAUAUAAUUAAUGACAAACUCAUAGGCAUCAAAAAAUAUACUACAUUGAAGUUAAAUCAGUAUUUUAAACCGUUUUCAGCUCUCUAGCUGAACAAAGAUUUUUUUUUUUGCUUUUUUGUUUUUCUUUUAUUUUCUAUUCUUGCAGUCUGUUGUAUAAAAAUGAAUACACUUGUGUUAUUCCAUGUCUUAAAUUAAGAAAUUAAACAGUGGAUUUCAAUAACACCACAAAGGUUUGAAAUUACAUUUUUAUAGCUUAAAUUAUUGAGCUGCAAAAGUUUGAGUGCGAAUGGAAUCAAAUGUGAAUUCCGAUAUCAACAGAAACUUGUAUUUGGAGUUAAGGAAGAUGAUAUAUUACCUAUGCUGGUUAUUGCUUAACCAACAAGUCAUAAU